UCCCCCACGACGUCUGGCAAAACAAUAACUUCCCUUCCAGAUCAGAUGAGGCCUUAUCUGCUGAAUCUGCUUCCUUCAAUUCUGGAAUAAUGGCCACAUAUGAAUGGUCCUCAAGACCGCGUAACUAUGAAAGGGACAGGAAGCAGACUGCUUUAGCUUCAGAACCGACGUUUGAACAUCCCUUGAAAUUGAUUACGGUUUCUGAGGUGAAGGUGAAGAAGACGGGAAAAGCUAGUUUAAAAUCCAAGUCUACCCCACCGCCAAAGACUUCAUCAGUGGUAGAUCCUUUGUCUAGUGCACUGGAUGGUACUGACCCUCUUUCACAGCUAGCAGCAUCAGCUACUAUCGAUCCACUCUCAAGAGCUGCCUCUGGCACUUUUACAAAACCAGGAAGAAAAGACUCAACAGAUUCUGUUAAGUCAAGGUCUGACAGCCUUGGGGAUUCCUUUGAGCCAUGGAACAGCAAAAAGGUCAACAUUCUCACAACAUAUACAACCUCGGAGAAGCUCUCUAUCACGACAAGUUUCUUAUCACAAUCAGAGAGAGAAAAGGUUGUCAUGAAGUCGCAAAUAUCACAAGGAACUGUGACAGACAAAGUUAAAAACCGCUUAGAACAACUUGAUGACUUUGAAGAGGGUUCAGUGAAGGAGAUGUUAAACUUGAGUCAACAAGAUUACGUGAACCGAAUCAACGAGCUUAAUGAUGCCCUCAUUUUAUCAUGGGAACAGGAUCAAAAGGUCAAAGCACUUAAAAUUGCUAUCCAGUGCUCAAAGCUUUUAGCAGACACAUCUGUAAUUCAGUUUUAUCCAAGUAAAUUUGUAUUAAUUACUGAUAUUCUGGAUACAUUUGGUAAACUUGUAUAUGAUCGGAUCCGUCGCAAGUCGACAUAUCAACCACCAGGCAGCAGUAGUCCGCAGAUGCUACCGGAGAAGUUCACACCAGACCAAGUGCCCGACUCGGCCAAAGAGACGUGUCGCAACUGGUUUUUCAAAAUUGCUUCAAUCAGAGAACUAAUUCCAAGACUAUAUGUUGAAGUUGCAAUUAUGAAAUGCUAUGGCUUUUUAACAACAGGGGAGUACUCCCAAGCUCUUCUGAGAUUGACCAAUCAGAUGCGAGGAAUUGGUGAUCCCCUGGUGGCUAUUUAUGCCAGAGCAUAUCUCUGUCGGGUAGGAGUUGCAGUAGCACCUGAUGUUAAAGAUCAUCUUAUUAACAACUUCUUUGAUUUCUUGUCCACUUUUCCUCAACUCCAGAAAGACUCUGUGCAGAAUAUACUCGCUGUGCAGAGACUUGUGAUGGCAAUUUAUCUGUCUUUGUACUCCCCAGCAUUAGACUGGAUUCUGCAGUGUAUUUCUCACAAGACAUCAGAGGAAGCACUAACAGAAAUUUUGGCUAAAUGCAAGAAACAGUGUAAUAAUGCAUUGCUCUUAAACUCCAUCAUCUCAGCAUUCAAGCCAGAGUUUAUCUCCAAGAGGGCGCUAGGCUUCACAGAACUUAUCAAGGAAUGUGAAGAGGCUGGCUUCCCAAAGCAUCAUCUGUAUUGUUCUCUUGGCACUAAUCUGGUACUGGCUGAUCCCCCUGAGGAUCAGCGCCUCACCGUACUCAACGAAGUCUGGAAGGUUGUCAUGAAAAUAAAGAUACCAAAGGCAUACAUAAGCUGUGCUGAAGUUUGGGUUGAGUACCCUUGCAAGCAUUUCACUAAACGAGAGGUUAAUACAAUACUUGGUGACAUAAUCAAACACAUGCUACCAGAUCGUGCUUUUGAAGACAAUUACCCACAGCUGCAAUCUGUAAUGUCAAAGGUUUUGUCUCAUAUGCAUGAUUUCUCCAUCCUCUUUGCCAUGGAUAAGUUCCUGCCAUUCCUUGACAUGUUCCAGAAAGAAUCAGUCAAAGUAGAAGUGUGUAAGAACAUCAUGGAGGCAUUUGCUAGACACCAGACAGAACCAACAAAUGAUCCUGUUAUUCUGAAUGCACUUAUGUUCAUUUGUAGAACAAUGCAUGAUUCAGUAACAGCACUCACUAUAGAGGAUGAACGUACAGAAAUUAGUCAACUUAUUUCAAGCUUUAUUAGGAAGGUUUCAUUUGGGCGUGACUUUGAACAGCAGUUGAGCUUCUACGUUGAAACUCGUGCUUAUUUUAGUAAUCUUGAUGACGUGCUUGUUACUUUGGUUCAGUGUGUAAAUAAGUUGUCAAUGGAGACAAGAUCUGUGGUCCAUGGCAAACAUUCCCGAAAAACUGCUGCUUUUGUUAGAGCAUGUGCUGCAUACUGUUUUAUCACAAUCCCUUCAAUUAUAAAUGUCUUCCAUCGCCUCAACCUGUACUUAGUUUCUGGACAUGUGGCUUUUCUAAAUCAAGCUCUGACCCAAGGAGAUGCUUUUCUGAAGGCUGCCAUCAGCAUCAUUCCUGAAGUACCAAGAAUCAUUACAAUCGACCGCAAAACACGAUCAACAGAAGUUCUUCUGAUUUCAUACAUUCAGAAUUUUCUCUCAACUCUUCUUAUUGUCCCAGACCAUCCUGACAAUGGAUGCCUGUACCUGGUGCGAGGCCUGCUCAACAUCCUACAGGACUACACAUGGGAACAAGGCUCUGCAGCUAAGAUUAAAGUUUACAUGAGCGUCCUGUGCUUGCUAGCAGCAGAGUCCCAGGAAACUUAUGCUUAUCACAUCCCCAAUGUUGAUUCAAAUGACUCACUGUAUGGCAGUGACAAAAAAUUCUUGGCUGAAAUUAAUGGAAUCUGCAACACUCUUGUGGGAGAGAUACUGGAUUAUCUAAAAACUCUCAGCCAAUCAGAGGCUGGUUUGAAACGACAGGCUGCCACCGCUCUUCAGCUCUUUCAUCAUAUUGUUGUGUUUGGUGAUAUUUCCAAGCAACCAAUCGCCACCCUAGCAACCAAUCUGUGGAACCUCGGCAAAAAACAUGGACAUGGCGACACCAAGUUUAUGGUUCGUUUACUGGAUCACAUGAAACGCCUUGCAGCAGGAUCCGAUGGAAAGGCAUACAAAGAAAUGGUCUCAAAGAUGCCACUGCAAACCAGAACAUGAACUACAAAGGAGUAACACAAAUUUGUGUCAUAUGAAAUGAAAACAUGAUGAUGUCUAGAGGCUGUAUACAAACGAAUGUUCCUAUUGUGUCCAUUUUAUCUUAUAUUUCCUCAAUAUUUGCCAAAAAUUAAUAUUAAAUUAAUUAUUGUAUUCAAAUUAGCAGAAUACAAAGCCUUUUUCACACAGCAUCUAUAUGGUAAUAUUACAGUGAGCAAAGCCAGCUUGGUUUAUAUCUAGCCACAAAUUUAUUGGCUACCAGUGAUGCAUAUAACAUUUUUGACAUCAUUAGCAAAAACUAACGUCCUUGUCUAUGCUAGCUGUUUUUUUUAGCAAUGCAAAAAGUCUUAUACACACAAUGAAAUUGAUGGUGGUAGUUGUCUGGUCAUGAUGAAUUGCAUUACAUUACAAAAAACUUGAAAAUAUGUACGGUAAGCUACAGUACGUACAUAUAGUGCAGCCUUAAUAAUGCUAGUUGAUAGGCCUACCUACUGUGGUGCUGCUAACAAAACAGUAAUUAUAAAUGUGCUCUCGCUGUUUUAAACCGUGGUCGUUUUUCCUGAUCGAAGUGAGGGCUGUCCACUUGUAUUUAACAUUUUCAUGUAUCAAAUGCCUAAUAUGCGCAGUACUUUCAGAUGGCUAUAUUACUGCAUAUAAUUGCUGGCAACAUUUGAGCCAUAAAAAUCAAGGAAAAUUGUAAAAUAUCUAUAAAAAAAAAACAUUUCUAUUAUCAAGUAUUGUGAGCUGGAAAAUAGCUGAGUAUUUUCACAAUUCCAACCAAAUUACAGUACUUUAAAAAUUGCUGUUUAUUUUUAUAUGAUUUUUUUUUUUUAUAUUUUCAAUUUAUAUUUUCUGUUAUGUUUAAAAUAUUUUUGUCUGAAUCUGGACAUCAAUGAAAACUACGGUGAACAUUUCACAUUGAGCAUACCAUUCAGAAUAAUAAAGUAUAAAAAUUAAAAAUAAUAAGCAUUGUAUGAAAUUAAUUGAAAUGAAGAAAAGACUUUAUUGGUAUCCUAAUGAAUUUAUAUGCCGUCAUGAAGAAAAUAUGUAAAAAAAAAUAGACAUUCAAAAAAAUUGUAUUACAUUUAUCUAAUGGACCUUCCAAGAGUGUCAAUCAGACUUAACAACCGAUCACAACAGGGCCAAGAAUAUGCGCGCAUCUAACCUUAGCAACAAUUUCCAAGGGGCGGUGCCUAACAGAAAGGUCCAUUUCAAUGAUACACGGAUAAAAUCUAUUUUAUUGACCUAAAUACCCUUUUACUACAAAAUUCCUUAAAUUGCUUUAAUUAAAAUUUCUGUGUAAGAGAAAAAGGAAAGAGAUAUUAUUUAUGUAUUUCUUUUUUAACAACAUUGAGAGUGUAUCUUUAUUAAUAGACAAUGAAUUAAAUAAUUAUGAAAGACAUUUUGUUGUGCUCUAUGGAAAUAUAUAUUUAUAUAUCUGAUUAUGAAUUAGUAUAUGAUUGGUGUUACUGUUAUGAUAUACAUGAAUGAAUGUUAGUGAAGCUGUAAUGGUUAAGUUUGCUGGUCUUUCAAAAGCAACAUACCACAACAUACAAAAGUAUACCAAACAAAUUCCCGAGUAUAAAUAAUAUAAUGUUAAAGAUUAAUAUAUGACAGAAUCACUAUACUAUUUGUGCAUGUUGUCUCUAAUUAAGAAAACAGUUUAUAUAUAAAAAUGUCAUAAGAUUCAGUAUAAAUAAAAUGUAAGAAUGAA